UCCCUGUUCUGCACAUAGUACCAGGUUUCGCAGGGCCGUGGCCUAAAUGUGAGGGCCAACAUAACCUGACGUCUUGAGCUCCUCCAGGCCCCAUCAUGUGUCGAUGUCGGUUGUUGUUGUCCCUGGUUUGCGGUUGGCGUAGCAGACCAUCUGCCGAUCUGCAGCAUCACGAUGCUCUGCUGUGAUGUGAUGCCCACUCCUCCACACACCCUUUAUGCACCUUCAGCCUUGUUCCCCGUCGUGCGUGAUACUCUGGUCCAAAUCACCAACACGUCGACUUAUACACACCCCUUCCCAUACGCCGUUGACAUCACCCUGCAGAACCCCGUCACAGCCUGCUCGUGCUGCUAAAAACGUGCCUUUGCCGCGGGGCGAAUCGAGCAGGUCCAUG